UGGAGGUCGCUAGGAGGAUGGUGAUAAAGACGAUGAAGGGGAAGAGAUGGAGAUGAAGCAGACUAUGCAGAUGCGGGGACUCCUGUUGCUGUUGCCGGCACUAUGGGCUCUGUUUUCGCGGGACUUCAGGGCUGGUAUUGAGAAGGGAGGAUGUUUUCUAACAGGUACAAAAGGGGUUGGAAUGCCAAUCAAACUGACUGUGUCCCAGGGGCAGCCAGUGAAGCUGAAUUGUAGCCUGGAGGGAAUGGAAGAACCGGAGAUGCUGUGGAUCAAGGAUGGAGCUGUGGUGCAGGGUAUAGACCAGGUGUACAUUCCAGUAAAUGAAGAACACUGGAUAGGCUUCCUCAGCUUGAAGUCUGUAGAUCGGACAGAUUCUGGAAAAUAUUGGUGCCAAGUGGAGACCAAUGGGAAGAAAGAAGAAUCACAGCAUGUAUGGCUUAUUGUGGAAGGUGUUCCUUAUUUCACUGCUGAGCCAAAAGACCAGUCAGUUAUCCCUGGUGCGCCUUUCCAGAUGGCAUGUGCUGCAGUAGGACCACCUGAGCCAGUGACAAUUGUUUGGUGGAUGGGUGAUUCCAGGCUUGGACAUCCAGACAUCUCUCCCUCCACUCUAAAUGUGUCAGGUAUUAAUCAAAGCACAGUUUUCUCCUGUGAAGCCCAUAACAUAAAGGGAUUAUCUUCAUCUCGGACGGCCAUUGUACGGAUUAAAGCGAUCCCUUUUCCACCUUUCAAUGUGACAGUCACUAAGAUCACCAGCAACAAUGCCAGUGUCAUUUGGCAACCAGGAUUCGAUGGCCUUUCCCCCCUACAUUCUUGUACAGUACAGCUGGUAGCUGAGCUGCAGGAAGAGGAUGAGGUGGUCACCGAAGUUUUCUCUGUCCCUCCCUUUACAAGGGCUUUACCAGGUUUAAAGCACGCCACCAAUUACAGUGUUCGAAUCCAGUGCUCUAAUGAGAUGGGCAGCUCUCCUUUUUCAGAUUGGGUCUAUUUUCAGACCUUGGGAUUAGCUCCAAAUUGUACUCCACAAAAUGUACACAUUAUCCAAAGAGACUCUUGUCUGAUUUUGGAAUGGGAAGCAGUAGCUCCAGAAAUGUUUGGGGAGAAUGCCUUAGGAUACAGGCUGGAGUGGAGCCAAGAUAACAUAACUCAGGGGGAAAUUAUUGUGAAGGAAGCAAGAGCUAACCUUUCUAUGUGGAAUCCCUUAAAAGACCUUACGAUCAAGGUCUGUAUACUCAGUUCAGCUGGUUGUGGACCUUGGAGUGAGCCUUUAUUGCUUACAUCUCAAGAUUUAAUAGGGGGGCAAAGGCAGCCUCUUUAUGGAACAUCCUGGGUUCCUGUGGUUUUAGGAAUUCUGACUGCGCUGGUUACAGCAGUUGCCUUAGCCCUAAUCCUUCUACGGAAAAGAAGAAAAGAAACGCGAUUUGGUCAAGCCUUUGGCAGCGUGGUUGGAGGUGAUCCUGUAGUCCAUUUCAGAGCAGUGCGAUCAUUCAACCGAGAAGUCCCAGAGCUUAUUGAAGUGACAUUGGACAGUAUAGGAAUCAGUGAUGAACUGAAGAUCAAACUGAAAGAUGUCCUAAUUCAGGAGCAACAGUUUACUCUGGGAAGAAUGCUAGGCAAGGGGGAAUUUGGCUCCGUCAGGGAGGGUCAGUUGAAAAUGCCUGAUGGCUCUCUCCAGAAAGUUGCAGUGAAAAUGCUAAAAGCUGACAUCUUCACUUCCAAUGACAUAGAGGAGUUCCUGAAAGAAGCUGCUUGCAUGAAAGAGUUCAACCAUCCACACAUUACUAAAUUAAUAGGGGUCAGUUUGCGUAAUCGGCCUAAAGGUCGCCUUCCAAUCCCAAUGGUUGUCCUGCCCUUCAUGAAGCAUGGAGACCUUCACUCUUUUCUACUGAUGUCUAGGAUUGGAGAAAACCCCUUUAGUUUGCCACUUCAGACCCUCUUAAAGUUUAUGAUUCACAUUGCUAGUGGCAUGGAAUACCUGAGCUCCAAAAACUUUAUCCAUAGGGAUUUAGCUGCUCGGAACUGCAUGCUGGAUGAAAACAUGAAUGUCUGUGUUGCUGAUUUUGGGCUUUCAAAGAAAAUCUAUAGUGGAGAUUAUUACCGUCAGGGCUCUGCCUCAAAGCUGCCAGUGAAGUGGCUUGCAUUGGAAAGCCUGGCGGACAAUCUCUAUACAACUCAUAGUGAUGUGUGGGCAUUUGGUGUGACUAUGUGGGAAAUUGUGACCCGAGGGCAAACUCCGUAUGCAGGCAUUGAAAAUGCAGAAAUUUACAACUACCUCAUCAGUGGGAACAGACUGAAGCAGCCGCCAGAGUGCCUUGAAGACAUCUACGAUCUCAUGGGCAGAUGCUGGCAUUCGGAACCCAGGCUACGUCCAAGCUUUGGAGCUCUGAAACUGCAGCUUGAAAUGAUUUUGGCAAGACUGUCGUUGCUUUCAAACAGUCAGGACCCUCUUUAUGUCAAUGUUGGGAGAUCCCAAGAAGCUUGCAGGAGCGAAGUCGCCAUGAAUUGUCCCUUUGGAACCUUGAAUGGCGAAACAGGAGCAAUUGCGGCUGUGACUAGUGACUACCGUUAUAUCAUGAACCCGUUGUGCCUUGGAAAUGAUGCAGAAAGUGAAAGACAUCUGGAUUUAUCUGAUGGAGAAGCUCAGAGUCUCCUUUACGAUCUGGAGAUGGGAGCAAAACUAUGUUAGCCCAAACAAAAAAAAAUUAGACUUUAUUUUUUUCCUCCAAUAAGAUGUGUGUAUCUUAUUGUAUCAUCUUAUGGUGUCACCAAACAGAGACAGUUGGAAGCUGCUUUUAACCAACAGAAGUUGUAAUAAUUAAUGUCAGCUGCAUCUGUAGCUUCUGACAGCUGUUUUAGAGCUAACAUCUCAAAUUAAUAGAAUCACCUCCUGGCCUUCCGAAGGAAACCCUGCAAUUGUCUGUGAAAUGCAGUGGGAGCGGCCUCUGGACAGCCUGCUGAGUCACAGUAUUCUCCCUGGGAAUUGGGGUUAAGUACUCUGCAUAUUUUGGGGUGAAGGGUGUUUUUUGCCCCCUAACAGAUAUGGGAGAAGAGGCAUGUGCCACAUACUCCAAACAACGGAUACUAUCUUUCAGAGCAUGAGAAACAAAGAGCCUAAUUUAGCAGUAGCUACCUCAGUGGUGCUCAAACUGGGUUCUAUAUUGCUGCUUCUCUAUAAUAAAGAAACACUGGGCUUUUCCUCACAGUGGUGUUUAGUUGGCAGAGGAAAGCACUCCUGGCAAGAUAAGGAGAUUGAGCAAGGGUGUUUUGAUUUCCCUCUUUCCCCACAAGGUUCUUAUUUGCCUACUUUUUUUUCCUACUUUCUGAUUUGAAUCAUACAGAUUUUUCCCCCCGUUUAUAACAAAACUGACCAUGUACAGAGUGUUAGAAUUUAUGGGAAUAAUGCAAAACUAAUAAAAACACCUGCAUUGGAAUAAUUUUGCAUUAAGAUUACAGUCUUGGACCCAUUUACCUGACAGUAAUCUCACAAAUUCAGUGGGAUUUACUUAUGAACAGGCAUUAUAAACAGCAAAAUUCUAUUUCGGUGGGCACACUUUUUGGCAUAUAACUUCACUUCCGUUUCCUGUCUAGCUACUACAAUGAUGUGGCUAAAAUGUUAGCCUUGAUUUCCAUAUGUAUUUUUUGGGAAUUUGGGGGAGCUAGACUUCUCCCAAAAUGAAAAACAAAGUGCUGAGGGGUUUCAUAUGGGUUAUAAGUAUAUAUUGCUUAUAAGUAUAAGCAAUAACAUUUUAUUGCUACAAAACCACACACAAUGUCUAAAACAAUAGGAGGCAAAUUCUUUAAAAACCUAUUAAUUUUAUGCAUCUAUCCUGCCAUUU